AUGGAAAAGAACAUCUGCUAUCAACAACGAAGGAGUAAAGAAGUCGUCUGCGACGACUGUAUGCUCAAGGACUCCUUGUUUCAAGGUGACUUGCACAUCGAGGAGGACCCAAACGUUGACUUCGAGAUGCUGCUUAGAAGAUUACGAGCCUGCGCCUCGAAACCGCGCAUGACAAACUUAGAUCGAAUUUCGAAGAACACUAAGGAAUUGUUGGAAAGAAGAAGGGCUUUGAAGCCUGAUCCGAAUGCAUCGCAUAUUGCGCGAGAUCUCCGCGAAUGUAAUGUUCCGCUAGCAGCCUUGCUUAGCGAACACGGGACUCGCAUGUCUUCUUGUGGUGAGAUGGAAAUCAUUACGAAGAGGUUCUACUCGAACCUUUUCCGUUCAUUAACUCCUGUGUCGAGCCCGAUCAUCCCCAUUGGUAAAGCUCCACCACUUCUUCCUUCGGAAGUACGAGUCGCUAUCAAGAGCAUGAAACCUGGCACAACCCCCGGACCUGAUUUCAUAUCAGCAGAAUUUCUUCGGGCUGGUGGUCAUCCUCUCCAUCUUACCAGCGCACGUGACAUCCUACCUCCAGAAAGAAAGGAUCCCAGACCAUUGGAAGACCUUGCGAUUCGUUCUUAUUCAUAA